AAGUCUUCUUCAUCUCAACCAAAAAUAAAAAUUCCUAUAUGUUUUUUUACAAAUUAUCAUGAGCAACAUCCCAACUUCUUUAAUCAACUCCUCUCUUACUCUUUUUCUUCUCACUAUUUCUUCUUCCGAUCCUUGGCCUUUUUCUUCUCUUUCUUUCUUAUAACACAAAUUUAAACCUCAGCUUACAAAAAAAACCUAAUCUCAAAAAAAAGCCAAAAAACCAAAACUUUUUGUUGAUUCAUACUAAAAUCUCUUACAAUGGGUAGUGGUGAAAGACAACACAUGAACUUCAACCUCCACCUCUCACACCUCCUCCACCACCACCACAAUCAUCACAAUCAUCGCGGUAUGGGUGGCGGCGACAAGGACGAGAUCAAGAGCGUACCAAAAGGGUGCAUGGCAGUUUUAGUAGGGCAUGAAGGAGAGGAAAAACUUGAAAGGUUUAUAAUACCAAUUGUGUACAUAAAUCAUCCUUUGUUCAUCAAACUCCUUAAGGAAGCUGAAGAAGAAUAUGGAUUUGAUCAAAAAGGUCCAAUCACUAUUCCAUGCCACGUGGAGCAUUUUCGUAACGUUCAAGGCAUGAUUGAUCGUGAGCAUCACCGUAUGAUGAACCCACAUCAUCAUCAUAAUCAUCAUCAUCAUCAUCAUAAUUUCUUGUGCUUUAAGGCUUGAUUUUAUUGUGUGAUUAUUGAUUUGUAAAGGAUCUUGAUUCUUGAAAGUUUGGAAUUCAAGUUUAAUUUGAUUAUUAUUAUUAUUAUUAUCAAGAUGUAAAUUUUUAGAUUCUUGAUUUGUUUUUGCGCGUGAGAUUGAAACUCAAGUGAUUAAUCGUAGUUGACAAUGA